AUGCUGACGGAGGAUGGUAAUGUGAAGAUUGUGGGUGUGGAAGAGAGCUGCCGAAUUCCAAACGAGGAUAUGCACGCCGACACGCUCAAGCUAACCGCUCUUGCCGUGAUUAUCAAGCAACUUAUGGACCGUGUCGCGGCCACGAUGGAGAAAUGGAAAAGGCCUCAUUCCUGGGGACCGGAGAUCAACUCUUUUCUCCAGAACCUAAGAAAGAAGACCCCGGAUGAAUUGCUUAAGGAUCCAUAUCUCGCCUCGCGGACGGUUGGGGGCCUGAGAUGGCUGGCAACCGCCGCUAACAAGGAAGUGCGACAUGAAAUCCGGCGGCUCAAUGCGGACGGAGUCCAAUACGACAGGGUUUGA